GUUCUGGGUUGUUACUCGAGCCCUGGCAAGGCCUUUUCCAUAUCCACCUCGCCAGGGUACCACCCAGCGACUUCAAUGCAUGUCUCAAAAAUGGAACCAACGGAAAGAUCGCUUGCGACAGCUUCUACAUUCUUAUUCUCAGCACGAGCAAGUCUUACUCAAAGACGAGUUCGAACAAGAAGACGCAGACGGACUUGCACUUGAUCGCCUCUUGCACGGCCAGACUGUCAUUGGACCGACCCCUCGUACGAAAGAGAUUGACUAUCUGAGAUUUGGAGACGCAGACUUGAAGGUUUUGGGCACCUUAGAGAGAGGCCAAUAUGGUGUUAUCGACGUUGUUUCAUACAGACAUAGCUGCGAUAAAGCAAAACUUUACAUUCGCAAAACCGUGUCCAAACCUUUUUCUCUCCGCACACGACAUCAGAACUCUCCAACUACUGAACGCCUUCUUCUCCUACUUGCACAUCGCACCAACACACCUUGGGCACCCCACCUCAUAGCCGCAUUCCACACUUCCACACAUCUAUCCCUAAUCAUACCUUAUGCUCCCCUCGGCAGUCUUUGGGACCUUCUAUCUUCAUCCCCAUUAUCACCAGUGCGGAUUAGGGAAGAAGAGCUGAAGUGGUGGGUACCGCAGGUGAUCUGCGCAAUCGCAUGGUGCCAUGAUCAAGGAUAUGCACAUCGCGACGUGAAACCCCAUAAUUUUGUUAUCACAGAGGAGAAAAAGAUUCUUAUCCUCGAUUUUGGUUCGGCAGCACCUGCGCACGGUUUAGAUGAGGAAGGGCAUAGAAUCCUAAGUAAAGAACACUGUCAAAUGCCCGUCGGAACAUGCGACUACGUCAGCCCGGAAAUACUGAAAGCUCAUGAGGUAGCUUUGGUGCAAUUAGAGCUGGAGGAGGACGCAGAAGUCACUAGCAGGUCAACACUCAGCAAUGGAGGCGCUAUAGGAAGGACUUUUUCAUCGGGACCUUUAACUCGCAAGGAGGACGAGGUGUAUGGUCUCGAGACAGACUGGUGGAGCAUGGGGGCGAUGGUGUACGAAUUGGCGUUUGGUAUUGCGCCAUUUUUCGCUGAAGACAUCGGGAAGACGUAUCUUAGGAUCAUGGACUUCAAGCGCAGUUUACGGUUCGAUACCGCCUUCGAUGAAGUCAUUUCAGAUGAGCUAAAGAAUUUAUUGAAAGGGGUUCUUACUGACGCCGAAUUUCGCAUUGGGAGGGAGAGAGGUCUAGAAGAAUUUAGGGAACAUCCGUGGUUCGACGGAGUGAAGUGGGACACUUUGCAUCAAGAACGUCCUCUUGAAGCCUUACAUCUACCGCAAUUCGUAUACGCCGACCCAAACCUCAACCCCACCCCGAACCAGGAUGACAUGUCCAAGCCACACCUAUCACACUCAGAAGGCUUCGCCUUUUCCGCUUUCUUCCAAUCUUCAUAUACCACCAUACCUACGAACAAUUCCAUUUUAGGGCCGCAGCAAGCUGUCGACGGGAACGACCAGGGUCCUGUAUUAUGUGGGGACGAUCCAGCUCUAGUGACACCUUCGCAAGCGCAAGACAGAAAACAAACAAUGAAUUGGUCGACGCCUGGGUUGUCAAUUCUACAUUCGCAUUCCUGCUCUGCGAACGAUAACUCCGCUGCAGCAUGGAUCGGUUUUUCAUGGGGGCCUAAGAGAGACGCUUUUACCCCUGAGACCGAGGCAGAGACCGAGAUCAAGCACCCCGCUCUGAAGCCACGGAGAAGUCACAGGAUAUCUUUAUCACCAAUUCCGAUAUCCACGCCUCAACUCACAAAUGAGAAACAUGGUACACCUUUCCGUACGCCUAUGCCCAUACCAACCUCGGGUGCUUUCAGGACACCCUUCCGAACACCUUAUCAGACACAGACCUUACCUAUCUAUGGCUACAGCGGUGGGGCUGGGAGGCUUUAUACGUCCAAUCCUCGUAUGGGCACCCCUGGUCCAAGGAUUGGGGUGACUUCGUUAACUGGAACGUGCAAGAGGCGACCUAUAUCGGAUAGACAGGCGAUGGCCAAGCUAGUCGAUUGCAUAGGGAUGAGCGCGAGGAAACGGGUUGAGGAGAGCGGAAGGAAGUGUAGGAUAUUGAACAUUGGCUUCACUCCGGCUGAUGCAGGGGACGGGGGAGGGGGCGGGGCUACAAGUAACGGAGCGAGAGGCUUUGAUUUGAAGAGGUUUGCGAGUGGCCUUGAUUUCGCUCCAUCGACUGGCGAAGCUGGCACCAGAGCCACUCGCGGGAAAAGUGAAGGAAGCGAAAAGAAACUGAGGUUUGCGCUGAAAGAUGACAUAGGCGGAGAUAAUGAAAAGUCAGGUUAUGCCGAAUAUUCGUCGCUGGCCUUCAGCGAUGUCAAUACCGUUGAUUGUGCACGCCGCCCCGACCUGAACAAUGGAAACGAGUCUGAGGGUGAACUAUUCUUCCAGUCCUCUCUUUCACAAUCUCGAUCGCAAAUAAGUCACCAAUCACGUUCACGGUCCCUAUCUCAUUCAUUUUCCCUUGAACAAGCGGAGGGGGAAACAGAGACGGAAGAGACAGACCUUGAAUCAACCACGACCACGUCAGUUCCACCUAGUCCAUCUCCCUCACCUCGCCCUGGAUCGGCUACAUCCGGCACCUUGCUUAGUGGUUUGGGAGGUUUGAGUGGGGGUGGAUGGGGGAGUUAUGGAAGGAGUGGAACUCCAACACUAACGAUGACAUUCUUUGGGAAGAAUGGCAGGGAGAAAUUUCUUCGCAGUACAUCAGCUACAGGCCAACGGAUCAAGAAUAAUCCCCGAACAAAUGAGUCGACAACGACGUCUGAGCGACUACACCAGUCGUCGUCUUCCUCAGCAGCUAGCUAUACCUCAGUGUUAGACGCCCCACUCGACGGGAUGGGAGAAAAGUAUGUAAAGUUGAUGAGAGAUAUAGAUAUUCUCGGGAGCAGGUUGAGGAGUGUUAUGAAUGCGCCCUAAGUUCGUGCUAUCAGGUCGGCUGGACCACGAGCGAACUGCGUAUUUCCAUGUAGCGUUUAGACCACUAUCCGAACG